AUGGACUCCCCGCGUCAGCCGCUCCUUUCCAAGUCUUCCGAGCAGCCGGCCGCCGACAAGAGCACGAAGAGCAUGGCCAGCCCGGCGGCUCAGAAAAGCGCCACCAAGUCGGUCGCCUUCGACAAGUCGACCAAAUCGGCCGCCAAGGACACGUCGGAGAAGAGCCAAAAGAGCCAGAAAAGCCAGAAGAGCACGCUGAGCAAGGCGGGCGACGCGAACAAGUCGCAGACGAGGAGCGUCGCCGACAAGAGCCAGAAGAAGAGCGUCCGCCUUGUCGACCCGAACGCCAAAGACGGCGAUGGGCCCAGGCGCAAGGGGCCCAAGCGCGAGGACCCGGCCAUUUACCACUGGACCCCAUCGUAUACUGCCGCCAUGAUCUGCUACCUGCUCACGCUGUACGUCAUCAUCUUCGUGUACAUGCUGAUCGUGAUGGUGCCCACCUACCACCUCUACAAAGACGCGCCCACGCACACCGGCUACGGCUCGUUCAUCGGCGUCGUCCCGGCCGUCUACAUCGAGCCCAACCCGGACGCGGUCAUCGAGAAGGCCGGCGGCGAGCUGAAGUACAACACGGACAACUUUGCGUCGUACUCGGCGUUGAUGCGCCAGAUGCACUCCUUUGCCCAGAGGUACAAUGGGACGCGCAAAGCGUGCUCCCGCGCACGCAUGGCCCAACUGGACGGGAGGUUCACCAACGAGACGUGCCCGGCCGUCGACCCCAACGAGAAAAACCCGUACCUGGGGCUCGGGAUCUGCGAGCUGACGGAGUUCAACAUUGGGCGCGAGGACUACCACUUUGGCUGGGAGUACGGCACCCCCUGCCUGGCCGUCUCUUUCACAAAGAUUCUUGGCGUUUACCCGGACGACCUGACCCAGUUCUACUUUGACAGGAAGGCGGCGCCUAACAGUUCUGAUUACCCGUCGUCAAUCCAGAUUGACCACAUCCGCUACGUGGAGCAGACGCAGGAGUACACCCUGGCAAACGCCAUCGAGAUUCUGGAGCAUCGCUGUGCCAGCAACAACACGCAAUACACCAUCGAAGAUUGCUGCGAGUGGUACCGCUUCAACGUCGAGUGCUGGGCUGAUGACGCCAAGGUCGUCAUCAGGCAAUACCCGGUACUUGGCGCCUCGCUUUGCCCGCUGCCAUACUGGAAUCAGACCGGCCAUCAGCACCCCUACGUCACGCUGCAGCUCGAGAAUAUGCCCUCAAACAAGGAGGUGAACAUCUACUGCAAAUCCAAGGCUCGCGAGUGGCAACAGUUCCCGAACGAUGAGGAUAACGUCAAGCGCAUCACCAUCACGCUGCAGGCGUUCAACCGCGAGAAGCCGGCCCCGCCGCCGAAGGCGCACUGGGGUCCCCAGCCCACGAAGGCCACCGUCGUGAUUCCGGCGGAGAAUGAAGGCAACUCCACCAUAUCGCCCGCCACCACCAUCGCCCCAGAGCAAAAGAAGCAGCAGCCC